UCCGUCUCUAAUAAGAAAACUCAUAGCGAAAAAAACCAUAAAUUUCUCUCCGUUUCCGACUCUGCGUUCAAAUAAAUAAAUAAAUAUUUAGAAAACUAUUUUUUUGUUAUUUCUUUUUUGUACGAUUAAACAAAUAACCAAAAGAAUCAAUUGUUCCGUGGAUAGCCCAAGAGAAAUUCAAGUGCGGGGCCCCGUGUGUUUGCUGGAACAGAGCAAAAGACAGAAGAAGAGAAAGAGAGCUGCGAAGCAAGGCAAAAACAGGCGAACAACAACAACAUCAGCUGCAGCAACAAUACUAUGGCUUUGGACAGCGCUCUGACAUCAUCCUUGACAGUAAAGAAGAAGGAUGCCUCAACGGAAAAGGAGAAUCUUUGGUCUGCGAUAUUGAAUGAAGUACAAACACAGGGCAGCACAAAACUUCCAUCAAAUAAAUCUGUACUAGUAUUAGGCGAUAAUGCCACCGGCAAAACGACAUUAAUUGCUAAACUUCAAGGCGUUGAGGAUCCAAAGAAGGGUUCCGGCUUGGAAUAUGCCUACAUUGAUGUCAAAGAUGAAUACAGAGACGACAUGACGCGUUUAGGCGUUUGGGUCUUGGAUGGUGAUCCAGGACAUACAAAUCUCCUGCAUUAUGCGCUCAACGAAACGAACUAUGCACAUACCCUCGUCAUACUCACAGUGUCGAUGACACAACCCUGGGGCUGGCUGGAGCAGCUUAAUCAUUGGAUCAAAGUACUUGCUCAGCAUAUUGAGAGUCUUCAGUUGGAUCCCAAAGAGAAGGAGGCGGCACGUCAACGCUUAACCACAACGUGGCAAAGUUAUUGUGAGGUCGGUGAUGAUCUUGAUCCGGGAUCGCCAGUUAAACGCACCAUGCGCAACAAUUCGAUUGAUGAAGAUGAUCUGUUGCCGCUGACAGAGGACGCACUAAUUACAAAUCUUGGCCUAGAUAUUGUUGUUGUGGUCACAAAGACGGACUACAUGACCACCCUGGAAAAAGAGUACGAGUAUCGUGACGAGCAUUUCGACUUCAUUCAACAAUGGAUACGAAACUUUUGCCUGCGACAUGGCACCUCACUCUUCUAUACGAGCGUUAAAGAAGACAAAAACUGUGAUCUCCUCUACAAAUAUUUGACGCAUCGAAUUUAUGGUUUACCAUUCCGUACACCAGCGCUAGUCGUUGAAAAGGAUGCGGUACUCAUUCCGGCUGGCUGGGAUAGCUUGAAGAAAAUAAGUAUUCUGUAUGAGAACAUGCAUGGUGUGAAUGCUGAGAAUCCAUACACAGAUAUCAUCAAGUCGCCGCCCACUCGAAAGGCUGUUUCUAAUCGUGAGGCUGAAGUGCAAACCGAAGAUGAGCAAGCGUUCUUGGCACGGCAACAGGAGAUACUCAAGCAGGGUAGUCAAGUGCGUGGUGAAUCCCCAUUGCGUUCCCAGGGAUCAAACUCUGGUGGCAAUAAGAGCGGUGUUCCCCGUACUCCAGGCAGUGCGAGUCAGAGCUCGCCCAAGAAGAUUGAUCCAAAGCUAACGCCUGCAACGCCUGGUGGGGAGGGAGUUCUCGCCAAUUUCUUCAAUUCGCUGCUACACAAAAAGUCGGGCAGCACUACACCUGGCGGCGGACCAGGUGGUCCUGGAAGUCCAGGUGGUGUAGGUGGCACCCCACGUACAUCCAAUGGCACCGAUGGCCUUACAAUGACACCUGAAAAGCUAGCCGUACGCACAGAUGCGGCAGCCGAAUUGGAUCGUCUAUCGCGUAGCGCUAAAAAGGACAUUGAUCUUUCGCAAAGUGAGUGUUGAAAUGUGUGUGUGGCUGCUGUUACUGCCACAAACCAACCAACUCGCGCCCAAAAACAAACUAUCAAAAUCACACACACACCCACCCACGUACACACAACACAACUCCAGGGAGCUGCUUCUCGCUGACACAAAGGAAAACAAACAACUCUUCGAUAAGAACUCAAAAAUCUUCUGCCGCUCGGGGUGACAACUGCUGCAACUUAUCAACAAGGACACUCUCUGCAAAUCAUACUUUUGGAUCAUUUAAUGAGGCAAAAUGUGAUUUUGUGUUUCAAUCGUUUAUUUUUGAGACCAUCUCAAGGGAGCUUCUCUUGAGUUUCAGCUAAAAUUCCAUUCAAACUCAUAAGAUGAGUUUUUGUUUCGUUGUUCUUUUUUAUUUUUUUUUUUUAUAUUAAUAUUGUGAGUUCUGAUUUAACGCGAAGGGAAACAAAAUUUAACAAUUAUGUAAGUCUAAGUCUGGGCUAGGGCAAAUAUUGCCAGAGAGUUGGCCAAAAAGUGUCUGGUGUUUAUUUCUUUCUUCUUGUCUGGAGGGCAUGCGCCACACCAGCACCCACACAAAAACACACACACACACACACAUUUGUAUAAUAAAUUAUUUAAAAUAUGUAAUAAUAAUUAAACAAAAUGCGCCGCAGUGUGAGAGAUUCAAAACAGUUAUGCUUAUACAAAAACAACAAAAAAGAAACAAAAACAAUACAAAAUACACAUGCCUAACCUGUAGUUGGUAAGCUGUAUGUAUUUUUUAAUUAUAUUAAUUAUUAAACACACACAUACACACACACACACUUACAUUUGUAGAAAUCGAUUGUACUUGUAAGAGUUGGCUUCGAAAUUCUUUUUUAAAAUUCCUUUUCAAUUUUUGUCGUGUUUGAUUUUAUUGUAGAAAACGAACAACAAUUAAUAUGUAUUUUAGCUGAAAUUUUAUUUUUAUGGCCAAAAUGUGCUGCUGAACUAACUGAAUUAUUGUUAAAUACCCGCAUACCUUUUUGCCCCAUCCAUAAUAUACACAUAUAUAUAUAAAUA